GAACAGUUGUCAACGUUAUCUUACUCCAUCGCCUUUUUCUGUUCGCUUCUGGAUCGCAUAUCUACUAAUUUCUUAUUCUUUUUUUUGUGGGCUAGCCGCAACUCAGAGACCAUGGCUGCACCUUCAGGAACAGAACCUGACCUGAGGGCUAUGGUGGAGUCCCUCACGGAGACAGUGGCCUGCCUGGUCCAGCGCUUACCUCCCCUGCCGGCGCAGGAACUGGACGUUGAGUCUGACAUAUAUGUGGCAGACAGGGAGGAAGAUCUUCCCCCCCCAAUCAUCUCACCUCAUUCCCCCCACGAUCCCGAGGUGGCGGGUGAGGGUUCCAUGUCAGCAGUGGAUGACUGGCUAACUGGCUUCGCAGGGGUGGGGCACCGGGAGGUGUCCCCAGCCAUCAUUGGCUUCGUCCGGGGCCACUGGGGUCCUGACGGGAGGUCCGAACGGUGCCGCAAGGCCCUUGCGGACUUCCCCCGUUUGAAGCUCCCGUUCCUGGUGGUUCCGGAUUUGAAUCCGGAAAUGAAGGUACUAGCACUAGAGGCAGCCCGUCAGCGGCGACGCCCAGGCGACAGUGAACCAGAUUGUGGGAGCCUGAGCCAACGGGAUCAAGCCUUGCGGGAUGGCCAAGCUGCCAUCGUCUCCGCGGUGAGCCCCUUGGUGGCUCUCUUGGAGCAUUGUUCCGAGGAGCCAUCUACAGCGCCAGGGGACCCACCUUCUGGAACGCCGCACGGUCCGGGGCGAGUGGAUCGACGCGUGGUCGCCGACCACUUAGCGGCUGCCCUGUCACACUUGGGGCGGCUUUUCACCUCUCUCGGUAAUGAACGCCGAGAGAGUGUGCUGAACAGGGUAGCCCCGGACCUGCGGUCCCUAGUUACCAGGGACCAUCUCGACGAGGAGGGUGCUGCCCAACUAUUUGGGCAGCAGUUCCUCGAGCAGAUUCGAAUGCGAAACGAGACAUACAAGGUCCUCAGGGAAGCCCGACAGGGCACACAGAGGGGCCCGCCCGAGGAACCUGCUGUGAAACGAAGCCGCCCGGGGUCCAGCGGCACCUUCCGCCAGCCCUUUCCAGGCCGGCCCUUCCCAGGUGGACCUCAGGGAAGGGCAUUUCGAGGCCCACGGGGUCGGGGUCGAAGCCCAACAAGCCACCAGACCACUACGUUCUACGCUGGUUGACGAUCACCAAAACUUGAUGACAGUUGUGUGAUGAAUAAAGUUUGCGUACACACCCUC